CCAGACCGAGUGUUUCGCGUGUUGUGUUUCUCUCCUAUACCUAUUGAAUAUCUGUUUCUCUCUCAUUUCAAAUAUCCUAUAGACACGAACAAGAGAACGGAGCAAAAGUUAUUAGCUAAAUUAAAACGACAGCCAACGAAGCGAGAAAAUAGAGCAACAGAAAAAGUGAACUUUUGACUUUGGUGGUGUUGUUUACUGUGUACUAUUUAAAAAAACAUUAUUUUCCGGGAAUUUUUUUUGUUUAUAAUUGUUUUUUGAUAAGCAUUUAAAACAAAGUGUAUUCGUGUCAUAUGUAUUUGCAUUUGAUUAUUGUGCGAGGAUAAAGAACACAUUUAACUGCGCAUAAUGUUGAUUAUGAAAAUAUAUAUGUUGCCGCAAAAAUUGGUACAAUAUUGUUAAACCACGGAAAAUUCAGACGAAAAAUAAUAAUAAAAACAAAGAGUUUAAAUUGUAUACACUCAAUUAAGGACAUUCGAUUCACGUAAAAUCAACAUACAUCCAUUCGCAGAUGAACAGACUGAUUACGAUUUAAGGACGCAAUAAUAUUUUAACUACGGUCUUAGAAAAUAAAUAAAUCAUCAUUAUUCGAGCAUAAACUUCGCAUACAUUGAUUCCCACAAUUGAACGCAUAAUAAUAUCAUAAGGAAAAUCGAUUGAACAACAUGGAACGACGAAAAGGUACUGGCUAAUAACAAUAUGGGAGUACAUCACAAGCACUUUGUUUAAAAAAACCGCGAUUGAUAUUUUUGCGAUGACCACAAACCCAUGAUGGAAAAUUUGUUUGGAUCCGUAAUGAACACAUCGAUAAUAGAUAUUUGGUUUGGAAUUGUUUGUUCGAAAACGUUGUCAAUUGCAUUAAAUUCAUCAUUCAUACCACGCUGCUAUUGUCAUAAGUGGGAAAGCAAUCAAAGCAACAGCUUACAAAACAACUGUAAAAUUGAUUCGGGCAAUAUUAAAUUGCAAAUCAUGCAAACAAUGCCAUUAAGGAAAUACGAAUCCUUAUAUGCCACUGAAGAGAGACAUGAGUAGGUUUAUGUAGCGUGACAGCUCUAUGUUAGGAGAACGUGACCGAAUUCGUAAUGCGGUGGGUUGGGAACUGGAUGAAUCAGCAACGUCAUCGAACAACAAUGGCGUACAACAAUCUAGUUGGGUUGGCGGAAUCGGUAACGUUGGUGAUGGCACUGAAAACAAUAGCGUCGGCGCUACUGCUCGAUCAUAUUCACAACAUCAGUAUGAUGAUGAGUAUGACGAUGCACCCAACAAUAAUUUUGGUGAAACCAGUGGCGAUAUUGCAAACGCCUUUGCUGGCACCGGAAAAGAAGUACGAUAUGCACCACAACAUUCGUUUCCAAUUUGCAACCAAGCACCAUUACAAAGAGCACAUUCCAGCAGAUCGUUGUCAUCGAUACAGCCAGAGCCCUUCAUGAUAGCGCAAGCAAAACAAACAAAUCGCCGAGUAUCGAUCAAUGUGGGCGGUGUACGGCAUGAAGUAUUGUGGCGGACAUUAGAACGUUUACCACAUACACGGCUCGGCCGAUUACGCGAAUGUACAACACAUGAAGCGAUCAUCGAAUUAUGUGACGAUUAUUCUCUAGUUGAUAACGAAUACUUUUUUGAUAGGCAUCCGAAAAGUUUUAGUUCAAUAUUAAAUUUUUAUCGUACCGGUAAAUUACACUUGGUAGACGAAAUGUGUGUGUUAGCGUUUAGCGAUGAUUUAGAAUAUUGGGGCGUUGAUGAAUUAUAUUUGGAAUCGUGUUGUCAACAUAAAUAUCAUCAGCGCAAAGAGCAUGUGUUUGAGGAAAUGCGAAAAGAAGCCGAAAGUUUGCGACAACGCGAAGAAGAAGAAUUUGGUGAUGGUAAAUAUUCACAAUAUCAAAAGGCUUUGUGGGACACACUCGAAAAACCAAACACUAAUCUGGCGGCAAGGAUUAUUGCUGUGAUAUCAAUCCUCUUCAUAGUUUUGUCGACAAUAGCCUUAACGUUAAAUACAAUACCGGCACUGCAACCCGAACACAAUCAACGUAAUGGUACGCAUAAAGGCGGUACACAACAAGACAAUCCUGAGCUGGCAAUUGUUGAGGCCGUUUGUAUAUCGUGGUUCACACUUGAAUAUUUAUUAAGAUUUGGGGCGUCACCAGAUAAAUGGAAAUUCUUUAAAGGUGGUUUGAACGUGAUUGAUUUGUUAGCCAUUCUUCCCUAUUUUGUGUCGUUAUUCUUAUUGGAAACGAACAAAAAUACCACGGACCAGUUUCACGAUGUGCGUAGGGUCGUGCAGGUGUUUCGCAUCAUGCGUAUCCUGCGAAUCUUAAAGCUGGCGCGUCACUCAACUGGCUUACAAUCAUUAGGCUUUACAUUACGUAAUUCGUACAAAGAAUUGGGACUGUUAAUGUUGUUUCUGGCAAUGGGUGUUCUAAUAUUUUCGUCAUUAGCAUAUUUUGCUGAAAAAGACGAGGAAAACACCAAAUUCAUAAGUAUCCCUGAAACGUUUUGGUGGGCGGGGAUCACAAUGACAACUGUUGGGUAUGGAGAUAUUGUACCCACUACCCCAUUGGGCAAAUUAAUUGGUUCGGUGUGUUGUAUUUGUGGUGUACUUGUAAUUGCCUUGCCCAUUCCAAUUAUUGUAAAUAAUUUUGCCGAGUUCUAUAAGAAUCAAAUGCGUCGCGAAAAAGCAUUGAAACGCCGUGAGGCGUUAGAUCGAGCCAAACGAGAAGGCAGUAUUGUAUCAUUCCACCAUAUAAAUCUACGGGAUGCCUUUGCCAAAAGUAUGGAUCUUAUUGAUGUGAUCGUUGACACAGAAAAGAGUGAAAGACGCAAAAAAACAAUAUCAAAUUGGCAACGGUUAACUUACGCGCUUCGGGGAUUGCCUACAGGACACAACAUUUCACAUGGGGAUGGUAACAGUUCAGAUGGUGGCGAUUCAAUUGAUAACCGUAAUCCAUCUAGCACUGGAUUUGGAUGCUAUAAAAACUAUGAACACCAAUCGGUAUUACGCAACAGAGACCAUUUAUCACCGCAGACAUCAAUUAAUGAACUUGAUGGUUAUGAUGAAUUGACAACACAAGCUCUGUUCCCUGGUUUCCAGCAACGAGAUCGACAACCCCUUCCGGCCAUUUUGCCACCACAAGAUGAUGUUUAUCAAGAUGCUGACGAAAGUCAACCGCUUACAUCAGAAUCUCAACAAGAUACACCACAGCACAUGGCCAACCAAAUGAUGGUUACUCCAGCUCAAGUGGCAGAGCUCCGGAGGCAAAUCGCAAUCGAACACGCGGCAAAACAUAAACGGGAAAAGGUUGAUAGUGAUGUUCCAACUGAAUUUGAAUGUUGUUUUUGCACCACAAAGGAUUUAAAAGAGUAUACGGAUGCUGAGGGACUGAUGUCGUUGCCCACAUCAGACUUUCACAAGCCAACGGUUUGUGCUGGUCGUUACAAAUACAGUUUACCAAGUGGUGAUGUAAACACAAUGGAACGAUGUAUAGCAGCCGCAUCUGUGACGAGCGGUACAAUGCUAAAAUCCAGUAUACCACGCGACGUAAAUGAUUUUAGUACAAUUACAUUGCCGAUUGAGACACCACUUUAUUUGACGAGUGCCGACAACAGAAGUAGCAGAAACAAUCAUCAUGGAAAAGCAAGUUUGCAUAACAGCGGUGAUUUGGCCAGCGUUGAUAGCUCGGAUACAUAUGCAUCAUGUCAAACGCAUCCAUUUUUAUCACAAGGUGAUCUAACGGGCGAAAUGGCUGAUAUCACUUGCACUCUGGCCGAAUUGGAUGUCGAUGAUUUAUAUUUCACAUCAUUGGAUAAAGAUUGUCCGUCGACCGGUGGUGGUGGUGGUGGUGGUGGUGAUGGUAAAAUUAAAUCAAAAGUAAAGAAAAGCGCUUCAGGUGAUGCAUCGUUGCUUAGUUUAGGCGCUUGUGUACCUAUGGAAGAAGUUAUGAAAACUUUUCAAUCAUUUGAAAUGGCAUCAAGAGUUGAUCGAGGUAGUCAUAUUAGUUUGAAUGACCCACCAAUUCCAAAGCAUCGAAAAACUCGAUUUCAGCAAAGUAGCUUGAACAAAGGAAAAGUCAAAGGUAUUUCGGAUGUAUUGCCAUCGAAAAAGCAUUCAUACGACAGUCUAGAUGAUCAACCAACAACGUCCGUAUCAAAUCCUGGCUCGGUGAAAAAAAUACGCCGAUCAUCGUUUAUGCCAACGAAAAGUUUGGCCUCGGCGACAAAACUUAUUAAUCAACAUUUAUUCGGCAUCCAAAGUGCCAAUUCGAAAGGUAAAUCACCAGACAAGUCUCUAUCACAAGAUUCAACGGAGAGUACUCCAAGUGUUGAAACACAUCGACGAUCAAAAUCAAUUUUAAAAAAUAAAUCCGAAUCAUCGAAGGGAUCAGUUGACCCGGAAAGUGAGCGACUAUUAUCCGAUAAUGCUUCGGGUGCAGCAGUUUCGGAAAAUGGUUCGGGUGACAUAAGCAGUGAUUAUUCGCCGAAUAAAAUUUCAAAUCCAUUAGCCGCAAAAUCCGUUUCACCACCAUUGGCACAUCGUGCAAUUGUACAGCAACAACGAUCCCAAACAUCAACAAGUAAAUUAGCUAAAUAUCAAGUGCCGAGAUAUACGGAAGAAGUUGUUCUACGGCAACAAUCUGGCAGCCAUAAACCGAUCCUACAACGAAGUUCAGUUUCAUACACCGAAGAAAGUAAAAAGAAAGAGAAUAAUAAUAUUAACGAAAAAGAAACGACAUUCGUAACAGUAACAUCAUCAUCAUCAUUAACGAAAAACAGCACUACUGAAUCCAAUUGUACAACCAGCGAUAGUAAGUCGAAAUUGCUGAAUCGAAACAGUAGCUCGGUGGACAGUGGCAAUGGACUUGGUUGCAGUUCAUCUUCUUAACCGCACAUUCACACACAUAAACAGCGAAUAAUGAUUCAAAUCAAAACAUAUAUCUGCUAAAGCGUAAAACUUAAAAGAAAAACCUGCCAGUACGGAGAAAUUUUGUUUAAAUUGAACAAUUUUUCGGUUUGAACAUCAAAUUCUUGACAAUUUCAUCCAAAAAUAUAACACUGAGAAUAGCGUUCAUAUUAUUUUUAUAAAUCAUGACAACUAUAUCCAUAAAAUGUAACAUUUCACGUGGAAUGAGCCAGCCAACAGUGAAAAGACAAAUACAUCAACAAAAAAUCAUGUGUAGAUAGCCAGAAGUUGUCACAAAAAUUAACAAAAUAUUGACACAAAACGGACAUUUCUUCAAAUCUCAGCAUUAAAAUCGAACAGAAUACACUGUUGAAAAAACACCAUGCCAGGUGUCCAUAUGUAGAAGAAAUAAUCAAUUUGAUCGUGUUGGAAAAUGGCCGUAUAUUCAAAACGUACAAAUAAACGAAUUCCUCACACGAACAAAUGAGAAAAUACUGCCACUUGUUAAUAUCGGCAGAAAAAAACAAUUGUAAUAAUUAUGAAAAAUGACAUGAAAUGAUAUAAUUGUAAAAAUUCUAUUUAAGUUAUGCAUGCGUACUGAUUAAAUUAA